CCUUCUUUUCUCCUCAUUUGGACUGCAGGGAGCCGUGGGCAUAGCCUAGGAUCUCUUCCAAUCCUGCCAUCCUCUCUUUGGAUCCUGGUGUGCCUCAAACAGAUCCUUGGUCCACCAUGGCGUUGCCCCCAACCUUACCAGGUGCCGGUCCACGGCGUGGCAGCAUGCCCUUGCCCAUUAAACACCAGUUAGUGAGAGCCUCGGCAGUGGAUGAACUGGAUUCUCCGCCAAGCUCCCCAGAGGUGGGCAGCAAUGCAGGGCCCAGCCCGCCUGGAGGACGAGGCCCAUACAAAGUCAUGCUGCUUGGCGAGAGCGGCGUGGGGAAGACUACUUUGGCAGCCAUCUUUGGAGGCCUGAAAGGUGGCGUUCAUCAUGAGGAGGAGCAUACAGAGGAUUCCUACGAACGAAGGUUCUGUGUAGACGAGGAAGAGGUCAUCCUAAUUUUAUAUGACAUCUGGGACCAGGGAGAUCCUGGUGGAUGGAUGCAGGAGUCCUGCUUGCAGACAGGAGAUGCCUUCUUGGUGGUUUUCUCGGUGACGGAUCGCCGUAGCUUCACACGGGUGCCACCUACACUUUUGCGCCUGCGAGCAGGGAGCCCCAGGACUGAUCCUCCCAUUAUCCUGGUGGGGAACAAGAGCGACUUGGCUCGAUCCCGGGAGGUCUCUCGUGAGGAGGGCCGCAGCCUGGCUGUCAUGAUGAACUGCAAGCAUAUUGAAACAUCGGCCGCAUUACAUCACAACACAGAGGAGCUCUUUGAAGGUGUUGUGCGCCAGAUCCGGCUGCGCCACCAUCGGCGCGAGGGUGAGGGCUUCCGCAAGGAAGGGGCCGUGGGCCGUCGCGAAAGCAUCACCAAGAAAGCCAAACGCUUCCUCUCCAGCCUUGUGCCCCGUAAUGGACGCUUCUUCAAGCAAAGGUCGAAAUCCUGCAAUGACCUUUCAGUGCUAUGAGCAUCAUCUUCUCCUUCCUCAAGACCCAGGCAGUCUCUGGAAGAACAGACCAAUACUAUCUCUGAUCCUGACUGCACUGCGGACAGGAUAGCGGCCAUAACAACCCAAGAUGGGGCUGUUCUUGAGCAUAACAAGAUUCCCGGGAUCCUCCUGGGUUCAGUGGCAAUGCAUUAUUUGACAAGCUUUACGCGCUUUUGCCCUCUUUACCAUCUCCGGUGGCUAAAAGGACCCUUUAAAAUAACCACCCAGUUUUAUUUCAAUGUUCCUCAUGGGAAGUUAGAAAUCACAUGUUCUCUGGACUCAAGGUGCCUGUCUUUCCCUUUCAUAUUUUCCUUUUCCCUCCUGGCACUGUUGAGAGAUUUUCUUUUAUUGUCCAUUGUACUUUUGAAUGUCACCUUUAAGAAUGUCUUAAAGGCACCAGACCCAAACAAAAUGCUUCUAUCAAGAGACUCAGGAUUUUCUUCUCAAUUUGUGUUUCAUUUUGUCUGUCACACUCAGGUGCCCUCACUCCCUUUGUGGAGUGUCGUUUUUUCCCAAGGCACUAGAGGUGAAGUGAAGUGUUUGUCGACUGUUCUGGUUGUGAGCAAAUGGUCUAGACUUUUGCCCACAGCUGUUAGUUGUUGUGCUCUUUUGCUAUUAUCUUAAUUCGUUGUGUGUGUGUGUAUGUGUGUGUUUUUAAGAGACACCAUUUCCAAUUCCAUCACAACCACUUGAACAGGAAGGAUGUAAUAUUUAAUGGGCUUGCACUACAAGAAUUUUUUAUUUCCUCUGUUUGUGCAUCAUACUUUUUAGGAGGCAAUGACCUGCAAAUGGGUCUCUACACAACUGAACAAUAGAGAAAUGCAUUGUGUUUGCCUAAAUACUGUAUUUGAACUUAGCUUUAACAAGCGUGUUGAACGCACCAGUUGGGGAAAACAAUUGCAUUUUACACUUUUGCAUAACAGAAUGAAUUAACAUUUUUCUUGCUUUGUGUACCUCCCUUUUAAGGUACCCGUUUCAACCAACUAAUUACUGCCUUGGAAAGCUUAUUUCAUUUGCUUCUUUAUGCUUUUUGUCAGUGCUGAUCUUUUAACUCUUUUUAAAGGAAAUUGCCAUUUUAUAUGCUAAAUCCAGACACUUCUUCUUUGCUUUAAAGGCACAAACUUAGGUUGCUCUAGAAAAGGCUUCUUGUAUUUGUGAUUAUUGUUAUUAUUUAUAGUUAUCACUAGAUUUCCACAUCUGGGGCAUCAUGUUUUAAAGAGUUCUUAAAGCCAUGCAGCAGCAGCAGUAGUCUGUUAAUUCAGAUACAAUCACAAUUAGCUGUGAAUAGAUUCUCCUUUAAAGGCAUGGACCUGGAAGGGUCAUGGAAGGGAUGGAGAGGUAUUCAGUGCCUGAUGUCCUCAAAUCUUUCUGCUUUAAAGGCUGCAGCCACCUGUGAACUUGAACCUUGAAGGAUGAGCCAGCUUUGGCCCUGCCUCUUAUUACAAGAAGUGCUUAACGGGGCAAGACUCUCAUUCCUUACAGAAGAUUGCCUUCACAUUUCAAAAUGACAGGGAUUUUGAAGAUGUAGCUUACUGUAUCUACUGCACCUCUCCACCCCCAGAAGAAAAGGGGAAAACCCAGUGAGGCUGAGUGACUAACAAUGCUGUGUGCUUAUUUUCAAUUAAAGCCAUUUUCUAUUA